AAAUCAAAAAAUGGUGGAGACUUGGGAGGCGAAGCAUCUAUUAUGACCUAACAACAGGGAAUCUAGAAUUCUGGGGCGUUGGUAAUAUGACUAUUCUAAUCCUAGGUUCCAAACUCUUGAUUUACCUUUGUCCCAUGCCCAAAUAUUUCCCCAUCAAGAAUAUCAGUCAGUGAGAGAGAGCCAUAACCGGCUUCAUCUUCGUUCCCUCCCCUUAACAGACUUCAAAAGUCCCCAACUCAGAUCCGAACAUCUCUCCAAUCCAGACCUUCUUGCAUCGCCAUUUUCCACUUCCCGCUCUCUGCAAUUGCUGAGAAGAAGAAGAAGAAGAAGGCAAUGGUAAGCAAACUAUCACUCUCUUGGUCCGACCUCCAAACAGUACUGAACGAAACAAUCUGAGCAUCCUGCUGUUGGUUGGACGGUCGGACCAGAUGAACUCUGCUGCUAUCCAACGCCCCCCAAUAGGCCUCAGCAGCCUUCGCAGCUCCAUUACUUGGUUAAUUAUUACUAUGUUAACAAUCUAUGUUCUGUAUUCAUCAAAGCUCAUAUUCAACAAACGUCAGCUCGAAUGUCCCUUGCCAUCUUCCGACAUCUCAACAAGGCAGAAUGUUGAAGACAGCUCUCCAUUUGCAAACGAAUCUGCGAUCAGCAAUUAUUCAGCUCAGGAACCUGCGGUUUCUACGACGGCGCCGCCACCGCCGCUGCCAAGCCUGCCCUUGCGCGAUGAUACCGAGCUCAAACACAUUGCUUUUGGGAUUGCCGCCUCGUCGAAUUUGUGGGAUAAGAGGAAGGAGUACAUAAAAUUGUGGUGGAGGCCAGGGGAGACGAGGGGGGCGGUUUGGUUAGAUAAAAAAGUGUCCACUGGGAGGAAUGAGGGGUUGCCGGACAUUAAGAUUUCUGGGAAUACUUCGGAGUUCAAGUACACGAAUCGCCAGGGGAAGAGAUCUGCAUUGAGGAUUUCAAGGGUGGUUUCUGAGACGUUGAGGCUGGGGAUGAAGGAUGUUAGGUGGUUUGUGAUGGGAGAUGAUGACACUGUUUUUGUUGUUGAAAAUGUGCUGAGAGUGCUGUCCAAGUAUGAUCACAAUCAGUAUUAUUACAUUGGCAGCUCAUCGGAAAGCCAUAUUCAGAACAUAUUUUUCUCCUAUGCCAUGGCUUAUGGUGGGGGUGGUUUCGCCAUAAGCUAUCCAUUGGCACUAGAAAUAGAGAAGAUGCAGGAUCGAUGCAUUCAAAGAUACCCUGGACUAUACGGCAGUGAUGAUAGGAUACAGGCAUGCAUGGCUGAGCUAGGGGUUCCACUUACUAGGGAACCUGGCUUUCAUCAGUAUGAUGUGUAUGGAAAUCUACUAGGACUUCUGGGAGCACAUCCGGUGACUCCACUGGUGUCACUUCACCACCUUGAUGUGGUGGCACCAAUAUUUCCACAAUUGAACAGAGUUCAAAGCCUUCACCACCUGUUUGAAUCGGUUAAGCAAGACUCGGCGAGCAUAAUACAACAGUCAAUCUGCUAUGAUAAGAAAAGGUAUUGGUCCAUUUCUGUGUCCUGGGGCUAUGUCGUUCAGAUCUUCAGGGGAGUCAUCUCUCCCAGAGAGCUCGAGAUGCCAACCCGAACAUUUCUUAACUGGUAUAAGCGAGCUGAUUACACAGCUUAUGCAUUCAACACUAGGCCUGUUACCAAACAUCCAUGCCAGAAGCCCUUCUUGUAUUACAUGGGCUCAACAAAGUAUGAUGAAGGAAGGAACCAAAUAAUUGGAGUUUACUCUCGUUUUAAAGAGUCCAGCCCAUAUUGCAGAUGGACAAUGGAAUCGCCUGAGAAACUCAAUACAGUCAUUGUCUUGAAACGGCCAGAUAGCAGCCGUUGGCAGAAGUCACCCAGAAGAGACUGUUGUAGAGUUUUGCCAUCCAAAAGGAGCACAAAUAUGUAUAUCUGGGUAGGCAAAUGCAGAAUGGGUGAGGUUAGUGAAAUGUAGCAGAAGCAGCAGGCAAGAAAUUCGGCCAGGCAUCUGUUCUCUUUUCCUUUUCCUUUUCCUUCAGUGGUGUAAAGGAAACAAAUUAACUCGUUCCAUUCUAACUGGGCAUGGAAGAUUCAAAUUCAUUCUUUUGCUACAGCAGAAAACUCAGAACAGCAACAUUCACAGCAGGACUGAUGCAUAAAAUGACUAGGCUAGAUACUAGGUAGCAUUUUUCUGUGUAAAUUUGACAAGGCAGACAUUGUAGACCCUUUUACAACAAUUACCUUGAAACAAAUCAGGAACUGAGAGUUCCUACUUUGGCAUUUUUUUUUUAAAUUUUUCUGGCAAUGCAAAUUCUGUGUCCAGAACUGAAA